AUGUCCAGUGCCUCAUAUUUACAAAGAGCCGAGGCUCACCCUAGUCCAGUUGCUUCCAAGUUGCUGAAACUUAUGCAUGAGAAGAAAACCAAUCUUUGUGCUUCUCUAGACGUCACCACCACCAGCGAAUUGUUGAAGUUGGUUGACACUUUGGGUCCAUACAUUUGCUUGCUUAAGACUCAUGUUGAUAUUCUAUCAGACUUCUCCUUCGAGAACACUGUUAAGCCAUUGAAAGAAAUGGCAGCCAAGCACAACUUCUUGAUUUUUGAAGAUAGAAAAUUUGCAGACAUUGGUAAUACUGUUAAGUUGCAAUACACAUCAGGUGUUUACAAAAUUGCAGAAUGGGCUGAUAUCACCAACGCUCAUGGUGUUACCGGCCAAGGUAUCGUCACUGGUUUAAAGCAAGGUGCUGAGGAAACCACCAAUGAACCUAGAGGGCUUUUAAUGCUUGCAGAGUUGUCAUCUAAGGGCUCUUUAGCUCAUGGUGAGUACACUAAAGGCACUGUAGAUAUUGCUAAAUCUGAUAAGGACUUUGUCAUUGGAUUCAUUGCUCAAAAGGAUAUGGGUGGUAGAGACGAGGGCUUUGACUGGCUAAUAAUGACUCCUGGUGUCGGUCUAGAUGAUAAAGGCGAUGCACUUGGUCAACAGUACAGAACUGUUGAUGAGGUCUUUUCAACCGGUACAGAUAUUAUCAUCGUUGGCAGAGGCCUAUUCGCCAAGGGCAGAGAUCCAAAGACUGAAGGUGAACGUUACAGAAAAGCCGGCUGGGAUGCUUACUUGAAAAGAAUAGGAAACUGA